AGCAAUCACUGUCCGGACUCCAAACACCCCUGAAUUUCAGAUCAGAAUAUUUUUUUUAUUUGAUUCCGAACCCGUAUCCGUAUGGGGGAGGAAACACAGCGUACUGGAAAAGCGAGGUCUACAGAGGCUCUUUUCUCUCUCUCUCUCUCUCUCUGAUUAUCUGCUCAUCCAUUCAUUCUCGAGUUCCUUUUCGUAUUUAAUAAGUUUCUCUCCCCAAAGUCAGACUAACCUAUCUCUCUCUCUCGCUCUAUUCGACAACUCGUUCUCUCAACUGGACGCUCUUUUCCGAGUUACUCGCAAUCGGUACGUUUCAGCGGGGCGUUUCAGUUGCACUGACGGAGUCACCACUUAGUCCUAUGUUUGUGUAUUUGAGUUGCAUAUGGUGGAUUUUCCAUGGAAACAGUGGUUGGAGUUGAGUGGAAUGAUGAAGGGAACGGGUUUGAGAAAAGUAGCUCUGCUCUGUCUUCGCCAAAGCAGAUUGCCGAUCCGGUUAUCUACAAGCUUGUCCGGGUUGAAGGAGAUGGGAGACUAGUGCCUGCAACCGAUGAUGAAAUAAUGGAGGUUGGGGAUUUUCUUGAAGAUGACAAGAGUGAAAUGCAUGAUGUUGCUGAUACUGUGCAGAUAUUGGGCUGCAUGUGCGAUGAAGGGUUGUCCUCUGAGAAGACUCUGAUAGAAAGCUCAGAAGGUUUAUUGAAGUCGAAGAACUCAGAAGCCGAUGCUUGUAAGCUAAAUGCACGGCUUGAGGAAUGCUUUCCUUCAUCAACUUUAAGUUUGAAGGACGACCAUAUCAAUCAAUUUGGAGACACUGGGGGGUGCCCAAAGCCUCCUGAUAAAAUGAUGGAAAGUGGAUCAUCAGCUGCUGCUGUCUGUGCUGGUUUGAACCCUGAUUUUUCCAAGUUAAAGGGGGAGAUUUGCUUGGAUAAACUAUCAAUUAGAGAACUUCAUGAAGUGUUUAAAGCAACAUUUGCGCGAGAAACUACUGUCAAAGACAAGCUUUGGCUUAAGAGGAGGAUAUCCAUGGGAUUGACUAACUCUUGUGACAUAUCAACCACAAUGUUCACGACUAAAGAUAACAAAUUAGUGAAGAAAGGUGACGAUGAAGGCAGCAAGGAUGUGGAUGGUUCAUUCACCCAUGAUCCAUCAGUUGGAACAAUUGAUGUAAACUGUAAAGGUUCACCAAGAAGCCAUGGCAGCCAAUCUGAAGACCAUCAAAUUGGUUCUGGCAAGAAAUUAAGAAAUCAUAAUGUGGAACUUGAUAGUGGGAGUGAGCAGCUUCAUACAGAACAGAGAACAGCGAAAAGAAUUCGGAAGCCCACCAAACGAUAUAUAGAACUAUCAGAAGUAGAUUCCAGAGAUAAUAGCCAAAGGUUGAUGAGUUCACCUAAGAAUGCUGGACUUGGCCAGAUCGCCCCAAGAUCUUUCGCUAUGCCUGUCAGAAAUGUGCUGUCAGAUGGGAGAACUGUUGUCACUCGGUUGGACUCUCUUGGGGGAUCCGGUGUUCAUGUUCCAUAUGUUUCUCGGGUUCGAAGAAGCCGUCCAAGGAAAAAUGUCAUGGCUCUUGUGAAGUUCAAUCCAAGUGGCAUGGGCAUGACAACUAAACUGGUAAAGAAAGCCCUUGGUGUACACAGUUCUCAAACAGAUGAGGAUAUUGGGACCAAAGUUUUGAAAAGGAAAUCUUUUGUGGAUCAGAUUCGGCAACCAUACUUUGCUAAACUAGAGAAAGAUAUGCAUCAUUCUGUAAUGAGCAGAAGUGAACUAGGAGAGAAUUUGAGGACGACACAGGCAGAUUCUUCCGGAGAUAAUUCAGAUGAUAAUGUAGUAACUGUUCCCACUGCAAAAGGUGGAAUGAGAAGGAAGCAUCAUCGAGCUUGGACUCUUGUUGAGGUUAUGAAAUUGGUUGAGGGUGUAUCUAAGUGUGGAGCUGGACGGUGGUCCGACAUUAAGCGACUUGCUUUUGCAUCUUAUUCAUACCGCACAUCCGUUGAUCUUAAAGACAAGUGGAGGAACCUGCUAAAAGCUAGCUUCGCACAGGCACCUCCAGAUGAUGUGAUGAACUCGCGGAAGCCCACUUCAAUGCUCAUUCCUGAGCCAAUUUUGGAACGGGUGAGAGAGCUUGCUGAGACGAAUGCACGGGUUCCUCCAAAUCUUAGCACAAGCAAAUCGACUGUGGGUAGUAGAAAUUCGCAGGAUACAACGUCGGGAUACUUGUAACAUUUGUAAAUAAUACCGUUUUAGUAUUCCAAAAUUAAAAUAAAGAUACUUUUUUAUCUGUAGGCAUUCUAAAGUUGGUUCCUCGAUACAUUUUCAUGAUGCUUUGCAUGGAUGGUUGGUUGGAGUCAUUAUAAGCUUGCUUAGUAACACAUUAAUCACAUUGUUCAUAUGGAA